UCCGGGGCCGAAGGGGUCGUCACCGGGUCCGCGCCCAGCCGACCGCGCCGGCCGAUUGACAUAAAUCGUGCGCUGUAUCGCGAUCGCCGCUUGUUUUGAUCGUUUUGGCGCGCGCCGUCCGCUGCCGUGCGUUUUUAUUAUCGUUUUGUUUCUUUCGUUUUGCCAUAUCGCGCCGCGCUGUUAUCGCGCGUCGCUUCCUGUGUCGUCCAUCACCACGCGUACCCAGGACGGCGCCGCCCGCCGAGGGACAGUCGUCGCCAAAGGAUAUACUCACUGCGCUCCGCGGCCCCGGCGCUGGACGACAGCCCCUGCAGGUCGACAUGAGCGGCGCGCGCGCCAGGCGCCGCGGCUCGCCUCCACCCUGAGCGAGGCCAUGGCCAUGAGGGAGGUGGUCGUGUAGGCACCACGCCCCACAGCUGCACCCAACGACGGCAGCAGCGAUGGCGGCGGCCAUCAGCAGCGACCUGUCGUGGAGCGCCACGGCCGUCAAGUCGGAGCACUCCUCGUACGGCAGCCGCAAGUCGGCGGGCGCGGCCACGGCGACCACAAACGUGGACGCGCUGCACCUGUCGAGCAGCGGCAGCGGCGCGAGCACCGGCACGGCGGCCACCGUGCCGGGCACGGCGUCCUCCCCGGAGGGCACCAGCUCGCUGCUCAACGACGCCUACACCAAGAUGACGUCCGACAUCCUGGCCGAGCGCACCCUGGGCGACUUCGUGUCCGAGCACCCCGGCGAGCUGGUGCGGACGGGCUCGCCGCACUUCGUGUGCACCGUGCUGCCGACGCACUGGCGCUCCAACAAGACCCUCCCCGUCGCCUUCAAAGUGCUCGCCCUGGGGGACGUGCUCGACGGCACCGUGGUCACGGUGCGCGCCGGCAACGACGAGAACUACUGCGCCGAGCUGCGCAACUGCACGUCCGUCAUGAAGAACCAGGUGGCCAAGUUCAACGACCUGAGGUUCGUCGGGCGCAGCGGCAGGGGGAAGAGCUUUACGCUGACCAUCACCGUGUCGACGUCGCCACCGCAGGUCACGACCUACAACAAGGCCAUCAAGGUGACGGUGGACGGGCCGCGGGAGCCGCGCUCCAAGACAAUGCUUUCUCUUCUAGGGCAGCAGCAGCAGUUCCACUUCGCGUUCGGACAGCGGCCCUUCCUGUCUGGCCACUUCGGCUCGCCGCUAGACCCGCUGCAGAGGGCGGACCCGCUGGGCUUCAGGGUGCCGUCCAUGGCCAACUGCAACAACAUGAGCGGCUUCGGCCUCACGUCGGCGGCGCCCCACUGGGGCUACUCGACGGCCAACCCCUACUCGCCGUACCUGGGCCAGGGGCUCACCUCGUGCGCCGCGGGCUCCGGCUUCAACACGCCGGCCAUCGGCUUCACCGAGAAUCACACCGAGUUCGGCUCCACCAGCACCGUCUCCUCCAUCCUGCCGGAGACGACGGGCGGAGUGGCGUCGGACCUGGAGCAACAACUGGGGCUCGUCGCCUCGCCAGCGCCCAACAACAUCAUCCACCACACCAACAUCCCCAACAACAAUAACAACACCUCCACGACCAACAAUAACAACAACAAUAAUAACACGAACAACAACAACGGCCCCGCCGUAAGCCCGCUGGGCAGGGCCAGCUCACCGCUAAAGUACCCGGACUACGGCUUCGCGUCCGGCCCGAGGUCGCUCUCCGACUCCUCGCAGGCCGAGUCGCCCCUGGGCAGCGAGGAGAUCCUGCCGUCGCUGGGCAGCAACGGCGCCAGCAACGUCCUGGGCAACGGGCUGAGCAACCAGGUCAGCAGCGGCGGCGGCGGCGGCGGCAGCGGCAGCGCGGGCUCGGUCCCCAACAGCAUGCUCAUGAGCGGCCACCACCAGGCGCCCAGCGCGUGCAACGGCGCCGCCUCCAACCUGUACCUGGGCGCGCCCGUCCUACCGUCCGCCUCGGCCAUCCUCUACUCGCAGCUGUACUCGGCGGCCAGCCACCAGAACUCGCACCAGUUCCACCCCCUGCACCACCACCACGGCAGUCCGGACCUGCUGGGCUCCGCCUGCCUCCCGCAGCAGCAGCAGCAACAGCAGCAACAGCAGCAGCAGCAGCAGCAGCAGAGGCCGCCGGGGGACAACAACGCCGUGUGGAGGCCGUACUGAGGGCGACGAGAACGUCUCGGACAGUCGGGAAGAGAAGGGGGAACACAAAACUUGUGAUACACUGUAAAUUUAAGAAAGUUACUUUUCCCAGCGCGUGUUUUUUGGCAGCCCCGCGCAGGCCUAGUGAUAUUGUACAUUUGUUGUGACGGGUUGGAAAUGCAUCCUCACGACGAAGCCCCCGGGGGCGAUGCGGCUCGCGUGGCCGGCCGAGCUGGGCGCGCGGCCGCACAGACCGCGCCGACGGCACUCCUGUGCUCGGCGGGGAGCGCAUCGGAGCGCGGCCGCGUGGACUUGGCCUAAGGAUGGACUUGUAACCACGAAUCAUUUUGACUUGUAAAUAAUUGUGUAUACGACGUUUUGUUUCUUUUGCUAAAUAUUGAGGAUGAUCUAUAUAAAUAUAUAUUGUUACGUUAUGUUGUUUAUGUUUAAGUUGAAUUAAUAAUAACUGUCUCUAUCCUUUUAAAAAAAAAAUACCAAAGUGCUGUGUCCGUUUCGCAAUAUACCGGUCCGUUACCCGACAUAUCUGCAGAGCAGCGACAUAUCAAAUGCGGUCCGGCCAAAGCCUCGCGUUGUACUCUCCUGAAGGAGACCGUGCGGCCAGGCUUCAAACGAGAAAGAGAGAGAGAAGUAAUCUGUGUAAGCGCAACGCCAAAGGGAAAUAAAACUCCAUUGAUUUUA